GUGUUUGGGAGAGGUGGAGAGGAGAUGGAUUUUUUGCAACAACAGGGAAUAGAAGUUAAAGUUAUUCCUGGUAUAACUUCUGCUUCUGGAAUAGCAGCAGAACUUGGGAUCCCAUUGACACAUAGAGGCAUUGCAAAUAGCGUUAGAUUCUUGACUGGUCACUCAAGGAAUGGUGGCACCGAUCCCUUAUAUGUAGCAGAACAUGCUGCAGAUCCUGAAUCAACAUUGGUUAUCUACAUGGGCUUGUCUACUCUUCCUGGCCUCGCCGCAAAGUUAAUGAAGCAUGGCUUGUCUCCUAAGACUCCAGCUGUUGCUGUAGAGCGCGGGACAACUCCUCAGCAGCAAACAGUGUUUGCUGAGUUAGAGAAUAUUGUUUCUGAAGUGAAAUCGGCCAAUUUAGUUUCUCCUACUUUAAUCAUAGUUGGUCGGGUGGUGGCCCUGUCCCCUCUCUGGCCUCCAUUCUCAGAAGAAAAAUUAGAAUUGCAGAUGAGGCAAAACGAGCAACACAAAAGGAUAGCUGCAAUGUAAGAUUAAGGGUGUGAGUGGUACGUUAGUAUUUGGCAGGCUCAUCUGCUCUGCUGUGAAAGCCAGUUUUGUGUUGUAUUUAUGAUAGGUUUUUGUUUACUUUUCAAAAGAAAUUUAUACAUAAAAAUAAUUUCAGACAUUGUCUUUAUGUGCUAAUUUCUUUUCUGCUCGGCCUAAUUUGAAGCUGCAAUUGCUCCAAGCAGAUUUCUUGUGGUUUUUUUCGGGCCAUGUAUCAUUGAUAAAAUUGUUUUGAUUGUCACUUUGA